AAAAAUAGGGGGGCACAGCAGGGACAGGGCUCAGAUCCAGGCACCCUCUUGCCACAGCACUGGGGGUGCACGGUCUCUGAAGCCAGCUUCGCAUCCCAGCUGUACCACUCCCAAGAAAAGUGAUCUGCCCUUGCUGAGUCUCGGUUGAUCUUUUGUGACAUGAGGAUAAUGACAAAGAUGAGUCACACCUCCAAGAGCAGGGUAGAGUACUGAGGGUAUUACCUACCUGAGAAAGAACAAAUUCCAUCACUUAAAAAAAAAAAGAGUUUGGGGAACAAGGUUGUGAGGAAGCAGCGCGCAUUUUGCAGCUACCAUUUCUUCCGCCUUCAGUCUUGAUCUUUUGUAGAACUUCCAACAGCGCUAUGUUGGGACAGAGCAUCUGGAGGUUCACAACCUCUGUGGUUCGUCGGAACCACUACGAGGAGGGUCCAGGGAAGAAUAUACCAUUUUCAGUGGAAAACAAGUGGAGGUUACUAGCUAUGAUGACUUUGUUCUUUGGGUCUGGAUUUGCUGCGCCUUUCUUUAUAGUGAGACACCAACUGCUUAAAAAGUAACCCAUGAGACAGAUAGGAAGGGGAACAUAUUAAGAGGUGCAGUCUCUUAAAAGGAUCAAACCCUUGAACUCAGCAUCCUAGAUACGUUUGUAAAUAAACUUAUGGCAUAAAUCCAAAAAAAAAAAAAAAAGUACUUAUUUAUUCAACUGUGCUGGGUCUUAGUUGCAGCAUGCAGCAUCUUCAUGCUGCAUGUGUGUGUGCCAACUCUUUGUGACCCCAUAAACAGUGGCCUGCCAGGCUCCUCUGUCCAAGGGAUUCUCCAGGCAAGAAUACUGGAAUGGGUUGCCAUUUCCUCCUCCAGGGGAUCUUCCUGACCCAGGGAUCAAACCUGCCUCUCCUGUGUCUCCUGCAUUGGCAGGUGGGUUCUUUACCACCAAUAUCACCUGGGAAGUCCUUCCUUGUGGUAUGUGGCAUCUUUUAGUUUCAGCAUGUGGGAUCUAGGUCCUUGAUCAGGGAUUAAACCCAGGUGCCCUAAAUUGGGAGCGUGGAGUCUUAGCCACUGGACCACCACUUUUGCACCUUGGAAAGAUUUUUAAAGCCUCAGGUGACAUUAUUUAUGUGUUUGCAUCUCAGCACUCAGAUGUCAGAGAAAAACCCCAGGGAUCCACAUUACACACAGAAACCCUAGGUGCCCAUGUCAAUCUAACUUCUAGGCCUGCUCCUCACCUACUGUGUGACCUUGCUGAAAACUGCUUAACCUCCCUGAACAAAACUUCUUAUACAUGAGAAAAAGGUGUGGUAGGUUUUAGCUCAGAGAGUUGUUUUGAGGCAUAACUAAACAGAAAAGAUGCAGAGGACUUCCCUGGCAGUCCAACGGUUAAGAGUUCAAGCUCCCAGUGCAGGGGGCACAAGUUCAAUCCCUAAUCCAGGAACUAAGAUCCUGCAUGCCACCCAGUGGGGCCAAACAAACAAAAACAAAGAAAGGAUGAAGAGCACUUAGUAUGCAGCAAGUGCUGUAUAAACCUAACUACUACUAUAUAUUAAUAUCAUCAUCAUUCUUACAAUGAACCACAUUAAAUUGCCACUACUUAACCCUCUGUAGCCUACACAAAUGUCAGUUUCACAUCAAUCAAGGUACUGUCAUCCCACACACCACAGCUUCACUCCCUUUUUGCACUGAUGACCUCAGGCUUUGCAGCCUGGGUGCCUAAUUUCAAAUUCAGGUUUGCCUGUUCCUUCUGGUGACACUGAUUAAGGUUCUGACCAAUGCUUAGAAGUUGUCCCAUCUUCAACCUGGGAAUAAACAAGAGUUACAUCUUAUGUAUCGUCUUGUUUGUUUGUUCAGUCACUAAGUUGUGUCCGACUCUUUUGCGACCACAUGGACUUAGCCCGCCAGGCUCCUCUGUCCAUGGGAUUUCCCAGGCAAGAAUACUGGAUGGGUUACUAUUUCCAUCUCCACAUAUCCCCUUACUCUUAUGUAAAUCUAAGGUUAGGUCAAAGAUUGAAUGAAAAAUAGAGCUGAGGUCAGGGACUUCCCUGGUGGUCCAGUGGUUAAGAAUCUGCCUUGCAUUGGAGAGACCACAAAUUCAAUCCCUGAAAUUCAAUCCCUGGUCGGAGAACUAAGAUCCCAUGUGUCUCAAAACAAGUAAGCUCAAGGGCUAGAGAGUCCAGAGGCCACAAGUAAAGAUCCCACAUGGAGCAACUAAGACCUGACUCGGCCAAAAAAAAGCUGAGGCCAGAAAGGGCACAUAAUAUGAUUUUGAUGAAAAAACAGUCCAGCUAUGUUUUCUGAGUCCUAGCCUCAUGGAUCCAGGCUGCUGGGUGGCCCAGGGGUCCAUCAGCAUCCUCUCCUUCUGGAUCCAUCACCCUUCAUUUGUCCAAGUCAGAAGGCUGGGCUCUGGCUCUCCCUACCUUGCCAUGAAUCCAAUUUCAUUCCUUCACCUGAACCCCUUCUCCAGUCCAGCUACCUCCCUACAGACAGGGAACAGUCCCUCUAGUUUGGGGAUAUGCCAGUCUCUGCCCUUGUCCCCUUGC